ACGAGACGAUGCCACAUGUAGAGACAGAAUGACACACAACAAUGUAUGCAAGAAUCAGAGAGAGAGAGAGAGAGAGAGAGAGAGAGAGUGAGAGAGAGAGACCAACAUGAGAGGUUGAGGGAGGAAAGGGCCACAGUGAUAUUUUACAUCUGACCACAGAAGCUGUCAACUGUUGCUGUCACUGCUUCCGUGACGACAGAUCACACAGUUCCUCAACUUAAGCACAGAGCAAAGACCACAGCGACAAGAGAGACUGAGAGAGAGAAACCGAAACAUGGGCACUUUUCAGAAGCCCACCGAUUACUGCUCUUCUCUGACAUGACAGACGUUUCCUCGGCACAAAUCAUGCCAUGGACCCCCAGGCCGAGAUUCUGAGGGGCUUAUUGGCCCAUAUCACCAGCAAGGAAGCUGAAGAAGACGGGUCAGAGAACGGCUUCGCUGGAGAGUUUUCGAAACUCAAGAGGCAGUCUACUAAGUAUCGUGCCGAGAGGACCUACCCGACCAUAGCAGCGGACAAACAGGACAAUGUGAAGAAAAACAGAUACAAGGAUAUUGUACCAUUUGAUCAUAGCAGAGUAAAGCUCUCACUCGUUGCAUCAAAACAUGAUUCAGACUACAUCAAUGCAAGUUUCAUUAGGGGGGUUAUGGGCACUAGGGCAUAUAUUGCCACACAGGGUCCACUUCCAAAUACAGUGCUCGACUUCUGGAGAAUGCUGUGGGAAUACAACGUACAGAUUGUCGUUAUGGCUUGUAGAGAGUUCGAAAUGGGCCGGAAAAAAUGCGAGCGCUACUGGCCGGAGUCAAAGGAGAAUGCGUUUGUGUGUGAACCCUUCACCAUACACAUUGAGUCUGAGGAGAAUAAAGGCGAAUAUGUGACAAGGACGCUUAAAGUGACAUUUAAACAAACAUCCCGGACAAUGAAGCAGCUGCACUACGUGAACUGGCCAGAUCACGGAGUACCAGACUCAAUACCCCCAAUACUGCAGAUGCUGCAAGAAAUGCGCAUUUGCCAAGAUCACGAUGACCUUCCCAUCUGUAUUCAUUGCAGCGCCGGGUGUGGAAGAACGGGUGCAUUAUGUGCGAUUGACUAUACCUGGAAUCUACUGAAGAGACAGGCGAUACCAGAGGAUUUCAGCAUCUUCGACAUUGUAAAAGAAAUGCGUACACAGCGUCCAUCCGUGGUUCAGACCAAGGAACAAUAUGAGCUUGUUUACAGAACCAUUAAACUGCUGUUUGAGAGAUAUUUGGAAGCAAUGGGUGAAUCAGAAAGCAAGGUUCAAGCCUCCCCCUCACCUGUUUCCAUAUCAAGUGAAAGUGAACUCUCAGAUUUCAGUGAUGCUGAAUCAGACACUGGGACAGAUCUCACAGCGCUGAUUGAACACAGGAGUUAUGAGGCAAAUGCUCUGUUGGAUGACUGCGAUCAUAUUACAGAUGACCUCAACUCUUGGCCACAGUCAUUCUGCCAAAAAGACAUUUCCACCACCCAAAAUACUCCAGCAGACAUGCUUAACUCAAUUAGUGAACAGACAAAGACUAAAGAAAGUCAGAGGCCAUUUAUAACACAAACUCCUCAAAUAGACUUUAAGUCUAUAUGUGGAUCUGAAGGAAUUGAGCCAUCCACAAGUUUAAAAACUAAUUUCACAGAAGCUGCAUGUUCGAAUUACUCAGUCAGUCUGGUACAAGAGCUUACACCCAAACUAACAGAGUGGACUGAGGACCAAGAUUUUAGUUUUGUUACAAAAGACCCCAUACCGGUUAAAGUGGGCAACCUCUGCCUCACUGUUGAAGAUCCUUAUUUUGAUCCCGAGUCUACACCAACUACAAACAGUCCCCCUGUUGUGAAGACUACACCUGCAAUCUGGAUUGAGAACGCUUGUUUCACAACAUCUAGUUCAGAGUUUCAUCUUCAGGCUUUAGAAAUGCCGGUAGAUGGCUACAGGGAUAAAGGUGCGCUUACACCUACAUCAGAUGAAGAGACGCCGCCUCCUUUGCCAGAGAGAACACCAGAGUCUUUUAUAUUGGCAGAGGAAAUUAAAGAUGUCACUAAAGCCAUUGAUGAUCAGUUGACAUUGGAAAUCCCAUCCAGCUCAGACUGCGUCAGUGGCAGCCCUCCCUCCCCUGCACCCCCACUGCCUGAGAGAACUCCAGAGUCUUUUGAAUUGGCCACAGAUGAGGAUUUGGUACAAAACGUGACACAGGAAAAGCCACAGGAAGUUGUAAUGAGAGUUGGGAAGUCUUCAGAAUGGUCCGGAAAAUCGAAUGAACUUCAGGAAGGCAUCAGUCGAACCUGGUCCAGGAGCAAGAGCUUAAAACUCAGAAUGUCACUUCCUGCACCGCCACCUGCUCAGUUUAGUCCUAUUCCAAUCACAAGCCACAGUCCUCCUCCUCUACUGUACACAUGUUCACAGGAACGUGCAUCACGUCACACCCAAUCGCCACGUGAUCCGGUCACGUUUAACCUUGGUUCAGAUAAAGAAUGUGUGACUCCACCGCUUCCUGAAAGAACGCCAGAGUCUUUCAUUUUUCCCACGGAGGAAGUGCCGGCAAACAGCGCCUCCUGUCUGUCAAACGAGGCCGAGCAUCAGAGACAGAGAGUGGGCACAUCAUCUGAAUGGUCGGGCAGCUCUCAUUCCAAAUCAGUUCUAGAUCAUUCUUGGAGCAGAAGCAAGAGUGUCAGAACGAAAGGUUCAAAACAAGAGCCUUUAUCUGUGGCCCCAUGGACUCCACAACUGUCAGUUGCCAUGGCGACCGGAGGGCAAAAGCAGCAGGUGGCACACAGUAGCCAGCAAGCCGCAGCUGGGCCAGCAGAUAACCAGGUGAACAGAGGGGAAGAGAAAACUUCACUGGUCAGCAAGGCCAGGACUAAGAGCAUUAAGUUUUUGAAAGGAAAACAGAAGACAAAAACAGCCCCGCCUUCAGUCCCGCCUUCAGCUCCGCCGCAGUCUGCACCUCCACUAUAUGGUGCUACGGCUGGAUUUCUAUUUUCUUUUGGAUUGCGUUUUGGAAAGCCGAAGGGUCCACGGAAAAGGCCGGAAACAUGGGUCUAAUUCAAAUGAAGAAGCAGUGUUACAGUACAACAUUAACAGAAUGAGAAAGAUGGCCGCCUGUUAAAGAUUCUAUUAGUUUUCAAAAGGAAAAGAUAAGAGAUGGAAAACAGUGGCUAAACAAUUGAUGGCACACAAUAGGUGGACUUUUACAAAGAUUGUGCCUGUGUCAUAACCUCAACUUCUUGAGGUACUAUGAAGGGGAAUGAGCUUUUUGUAAUGGAGUACAUGUAUGUUGCACAUACACCUGCAUUUACGAUAUCAAUUAAAGUGUAUAUACAUAAAUAACAUUGUGGUGAAUAAAUACAAGUUAAUUAAGCAUAUGAUGAGUAUAUUGAGAAAUUAACAGCUCAGAUGCUUUGAAACCACCUAACUGCAUCUGAUAUGUUUUCUUGUAAAUUAUAAUUUUUAUCGUUAUAUUCAGGUUCAGUAAUUUCACCUUAAUGCUAAUCAGAAAAUGAAAUGCCUUAUUAUUACAAAUGUCAUUUUAUUGGUAUUUUACCAAUUUUUAAGUACAUCCAAAAAUCUGCACACUGUUAUCCAAUUCUUCUUCCGUGCACUUAGAGGACUUUGCUGAAAAAUGGUUGUGGCACUUAAUGUUAUCUGCCAACAAUGCUGUAUUUCUGAAUGGGGUAAGGCCGGGAUUAAGCAGAUUUAAAAGUAUGAACAUAUAAUACUAUAAAUGAUGUAGUGACCAUACUAUAUAUGCUACAGUACUGUGCAAAAGUCUAAGGCCACCACCACCAGACUUGUUGUUUUAGUUUUAAUGUUAUCCAUAUUUAUUUUUCAAUGUAUUUUAUUAAGAAACAGGAAAUAUGUACAAAAAAUAAAUUUUCAGGACUAAAUGUCUUCUUUAGGCACCGUCUGUGUUUAGUGUGACCUCUCUUGGCACUAAACACAUCUUGAGCUUUUUUGAGCAGAAUGAAGUAAAAAGCCGCCUUCUUUAAAAUUAGAAAAUAGGAUUUAAUUUUAUUUAGGUUUAAGAGAUCCUGCAGUUUCCUGCUAUUGUUAAAGUGGAAGGGUAGUUUACCCUAAAAACUUGACUCAUCAGUUUACAUUUUUAUACAGUUUUUAAUACUAUAUACACAUUUCCUGUAUUUUCUGGAUGUAAUCUAUUAAAGAGACUGGAUUAGGAUAAACCCUGUCUGGGAAACCACCCCAUAAUGUUGGACUUAAUGCAUUUGGUGGCAAGUCUGUCUAAAAG